AAAAUGAGUUUGAAGCUUCUUGUCGACAGAAAAGGCUUUAGAGUCUUAUUUGCAGAAGUUCCAAAAGAAUUUGUGGACUUCCUUUUCCACAUAUUCUCUUUGCCUUUGGGCACACUCAUCGAGUUACUUGGAUCUAAGCAGAUGGUGGGCUGCUUAGGAAAACUUAAAGAUAGCAUAACAAGCUUCAAUGGAAACUACCUUCAACCUGGCAUCAAAAUGGAUGACAUCUUCAACCCCAAAACAGCUUUCAACGGUAAAACAUUUCUGUUAUCCUAUGAUGCUUCUUCUGGGGAUCAGUCCGGUGCAUCCAAAGCAGUUUACCGGUGUUCAAAUGGCAACACAACACGUUGCUCGUACUGUGGUAGUAACCCAUCUUGCCGGUCAAACGCGACACUGUAUGCGAAUUCUAUAUGCCCCGGUUGCAGUGGUUUAAUGAACGUUAAGAUGACACUUGUAACGCCGAGUCAGGUAGCAGCAACAAAGGAAGCGGAUGAGAUAAAGAAGCGUGGGUAUGUGAAGGAAGUGGUAACUUAUAUGGUCAUGGAUGAUUUGGUGGUGAAACCCAUGUCUACUAUAUCCAGUAUCACGCUCAUCAACAAGUUUGGUGUCAAGGAUCUCAGUCAGCUUGAGGAGAAGACCGUUUCAUUUGGAAAAGAUGAGGGUCUGAGGCUGUUGGGGGCAUCUUUGAAGACGGAUAAGGUGCUGACAACUAUCUUUAUGCAUUAGAAGUCGGAACAUAUAUGGUUAUGGGUAUGGUUUUUGAAAAUCUUUUGUUGUGUUCGAAUUUGAUGGUGAUAUGUAUGUAAAUCCCCUUGUGGAUUAGAACAUAGUUAUCUUCUUUUGUCUAUGAUCCAUCCAUUCCGAAAUUCGAAGGGGUGACAAUAUCACUUUAAGAUGAAACUUUUAA